AUGCGGCCCACGGAGCCCGAGUCAAAGAGUUACUGCAGGUAUGAGCCGGACAUUUGGACGGAGGUGGCCAAGCACCUACAAGGCACGGACCUGUUGAGCCUCUCCGCCACCUGCAUCUGGUUCCGCCGCCUCCUCGACGACUCCAUCUGGCGCCACGCCUUCCUCCGUGACAUCUCGCUCCACACCGACGAUCCCAAGAUGCUCAGGCUCCUCCAGGUUCCCCGCCCGUUGGACCGCUCCUGGCGCCUCCUCUACGCCACCGCCUUCGAUGGUACGCAUUCCUACUGCUUCCAUCAGCCCGACGAGUGCAUUGGUUCGUUUCGCAUCGGUGGGUUCCUGAUGGACACGCCCAAGCUGCUGCUGACGACAAAGCUGGCAUUGCCGCCGUGGUUGAUGCCGAUGCUUGAUGAUAGUCCAGACACCUUAAUCGGAGCCUGCUUGCUCACCAACGUCCGCCCCGGCAUCUGGAUCGCUGACAUGAACAUGGUGCGAUGCCUCGUGUGCGACGACCUUGGCAAAUGCCAAGGGACGAUGCAGGUUCUGGAUGCACGACACUGCGAGCUGUACAUGGAGAGCAAGUUCAUAAAUGGGACCUGGGAGUACGAAGAGCUCGGCAGCCACUUGAGCGACGGGCAGGCCGACACCGCAGCCGCUGCCAUCUUCAACCGCAACCACGUCGACACCCCAUGUGUGAAGAGUAUGCUGAAUCCCAAGUCUUGGAUCCGGGGUCGUUCCAACCUGCUGCCUAGGGCGUACCACACCCCGGUCGCGGUCGCCCUCAGCACCAACCUCAUCCCCAACGGCGGUCUCUUGUCGAGGUUCGAGGUGAUACGGGACACGACGAGGGACGGGCAGAUCGUGUCCGUCAGGAUCACGCAGCAGCUCCUGUGA